UUUAUUGAUCGGUCACCGGCUCCGCUCAACAUGGCGCCGGGGGUGGCGUUCGCGCUCAGCUUGAUCCUCGUCGUCGGCCACCUCCAGGAUGGACCCGGGUCCCUCGCCAAGAGCUUCACGUUCCCGGAGUACCCGUACAAGGAGACCACGAAGAACGAGCUUCUCUUUAGACAAUUCGAGCAGGCUUGCGAGGAGAGCGGCGCUUGCAAACUGUUGUCGCAGCACAGGAGCGGCGGCGUGGCGAAAACGCGAUGCAUCCGCGAGUGCGUAUCACCGUCCUGUUAUAAGGAGAUCUAUUUAUUUGAUCAGUUGGAGGAGGGUGAGAUUGACGUGAGAUUAAAUUCCUUCAAGGGUUGCUUCAUGCAGCGAAACGCUCGGCCACGCAAGUAAAAAGGCGCGGCUCGAGGCAGAGACGCGAGGAGAAGACAAGGGGGAAGGAACUUCUAAUCGCAAAACGAUUAGCGAACGAGCGGCGAGUCGGUGUACCGUUUAACCCUCCCGGGGGGGAUGAUUAUGCGGCCGUGCAAGGAAGAAAAUUGUGCGCGCGAUUGCAGUCCGUCGUUUCAAACGCUUCUUGCUGGCGCUUCUUUGCCACCCCGGAAGGGCUAAAUUGAUGAUGCGACAUGGUCGGUACACGAUGUACAUGAUCGCGGGGGGGGGGGGGGGAGUCACGGAAAUAGGCGAGAAACGCAUAUCAUGCACAAAAAUAGUUAGAAAAGAAACGGAAGGAAUUAGCGAUGUAUAUCGUGCAGGGUCGCACGAUUUUAGGGGAUGCGAGAGGUGUACAUCGGCGAAUCUCGCGACUCACGUAUAAUAAUCUCGAAUAACAAUCUUUUUCUACUUUUUGUACGCACACGUUUACCUACACAACGUUCGAUCGUGACGUUUGAUGAAAAUAAUGCACAAAAUAAAGGAGUAAACUGUUGAGUAAGCUGGCUGCACUAGUGUUAACGAUUCCGGUCACCGUCUUAUUCGCUUUUAUAUAUCACUCGGUUGAAAUCUACUUCGAACACUGAUAUGUACUCGAUCUGUAUGAUAAUAUAUCCUACUACGCAUGUUACUCUUGAAUAAUGCAAUAUCUCGAUGUAUAGCCAGAAUGACGAAUAGCGGUAUCUCAAGACCAUGUUACUGCGAUAUUACUACGCAACUUUAUUCUCUCCAAGAAGUACAGAACUCAAAUUCUCACAUAUAUGAUAUUAUAUAUAGAAAGUAAAUUACAUCGAUUUACAAUUUAACAUUUAAAAGCUUAGAACGAUAUCUCGUAAUGAACUUUACUACUUACGCGUAAAUGAACUUUACAAUUUCUUCCUCGAGAUAUAUGUAUGUAAAUAUAUAUUAUAUAUAUUUAAACUACUCGUACUGUGAUACCACGUGAUAAUCUACAAGAUUGUUAUUGUUCACUCGAAAUAUUGUGACAGCUGAAACGAGAAGAAUGACAAAAAUAUAAGAAUGCGAAGGAACAAGCAUGAAAACC